UCCGCUCAGACCGACAGCGCGCGCGGGGACAGCGGAGCGGCCAGAGCGCGUGCCUUUAUUCUUUAACUUUAUUCUUUAUACUUUACUUUAUACUUUUCUCUACUGAUUCUCACGGAAUAACAAAUCAUAUUCCAGAAAUUUCUCCACACAGAUGGACAGAAACAGAGAUCAGUAACUGAUCAGUAUCUGUUUUACACCGCUUUAAUCUUCUCGCGGAUUUAUAUCGGGAUAUGGCGGCGGCGCGCGCCGGAGAUCUGAUGAUGGAUAAAUGUGGAGAUCUGGACUCGGUUAAGGAUCUGGAUGCUGAUGAUCUUCUGGAGCUGAAUCAGUUCGACGGGCUUCCCUUCUCCUCCCGAUAUUAUAAACUACUGAGAGAGAGGAAAACCCUGCCGGUCUGGGGAGCAAAGCACGAGUUCAUAGAGGCGAUAAUCAAUAAUCAGAUUAUUAUUAUCAGCGGAUCCGCUAAAACUGGACAAAGCACUCAGAUUCCUCAGUGGUGUGCGGAGUUCUGUCUGUCGGUUCAGUACCAGAACGGGAUGGUGGUGUGCACUCAGAUCCACCGACAGAGCACCGUGGACCUGGCCCUGAGAGUGGCCGACGAGAUGGACGUGAACAUCGGUCACGAGGUGGGAUACAACGUCCCUCUUCAGACCUGCUGCUCUACCGACACUGUUCUGAGAUACUGCACUGAUGACCUCUUGCUUCGUGAGAUGAUGUCGGAUCCUCUGCUGGAGCAGUACGGCGUGGUGGUAAUAGAUCAGGCUCAGGAGCGCACCGUCAGUACCGACCUCCUGCUGGGUUUACUGAAAGACGUGCUCCUCUCACGUCCUGAGCUCCGACUGGUCGUCCUCACUGCUCCUCACUCCUCCCACAAACUCCUCCACCACUACGGAGGCAUUCCCCUGAUCCGGCUGGAUGCAGGACGUCCCUCUGAGGUGGUUUACGGGACAGAGAGGGGAGGUGUGAAGGAUUACCUGUGUUCUACACUCCGCCUGGCCAUGGAGAUCCACCAGACUCAGAGUCCUGGAGAUAUUGUGGCGUUUCUCGCCACUGAACAGGAAAUUGAAUGCGCUCAUGCCAUCCUGCGGAGAGAAGGGGCCGGUCUGUCCUCAUCAUUAGGUGAGCUGGUGCCGGUGUCCCUGUGUCCACAGCAAGGAGACAGCGUCCCUGCGUCCACAGAGGAGGACAGCAGGUCCAGGAAGGUGUUCCUCACCUGCGGCCCCACUGAAGACCUGUUCUGGGCCAUGCACAGCAUUCGCUUCAUCAUCGACGCUGGAGUACAGAAGAGAUAUGUGUACAACCCCCGAAUCAGAGCCAACUCCAUUGUGAUCCGACCAAUCAGUAAAAGCCAAGCUGAGGGUCGCAAACAGCUGAUUGGACCAACAGGGAAGUGUUUUUGUUUGUAUCCGGAGGCCACGCCCCUUCCUGCUGAGAGUGUUCCUCACAUUCUGGAGUCUAACAUCACGUCCACGGUGCUGUUCCUGAAGAGGAUGGAGAUCGCUGGGCUGGGCAACUGUGAAUUCAUUGACAGACCAGAUCCCGAGGGCCUCAUGCAGGCUUUAGAGGAGCUGGACUACCUGGCGGCUCUGGAUGACGAUGGUAAUCUCUCAGAGAUUGGAAUAAUAAUGUCUGAAUUCCCUCUGGAGCCACAGAUGGCUAAGACUCUGCUGGCUUCCUGCGAGUUCGACUGCGUCAAUGAGGUGCUGACCAUUGUCUCCAUGCUAACAGCUCCGAACUGUUUCCUGGCUCCUCCUGUGGAGUUUAAACAGGAGGCUUUGGAGAGCCAUCAGAGCUUCUAUCACCCUGAGGGGGACCAUUUUACCCUCAUCAACGUCUACAACGCUUACAAACAAAGCCAGUACAGCUCAUAUUCCAACACAGAGCGAUGGUGUGAUGAUCAUUUUCUGAGCCUGACUGCUUUAGAAACAGCUGAUGCAGUUCGAGCAGAGCUGAUUGAGAUCCUGAAACGGAUAGAGCUUCCGGUAUCAUCCCCUGCUUUUGGCUCCAAGACCAAUACACUGGAUAUUAAACGAGCUUUACUGGCUGGAUUCUUCAUGCAGGUGGCGCGAGAUAUCGAUGGAACAGGGAAUUAUUUCAUGCUUACUCACAAACACGUGGCUCAGAUCCACCCUCUGUCCGGAUAUGGAUCAGAACCUCCCAAGAAGAAACUUCCAGAGUGGGUUCUUUACCAUGAGCACAUGCUGUCUGAGAACAACUGCAUUCGAACAGUCACUGAGAUUUCAGCACAUGAAUUUAUCCAGAUGGCUCCUCAGUAUUUCUUCUACAACCUGCCGUCUAGUGAAAGUAAAGAGGUUCUGCAGCACAUCCUGGAUCACGGCUCGGCCGCACCGUGUAAAGGGAAGAGGAAGCCCCAGCCGCUGAGCUCCAGCCCCAGCCAGGAGCAGAGCUACGAACGCUGUGUUAUUCAGUGACUUUUAACACGCCGGGAGAUUUCUCUGUGAGAACUUCAACAAACAGGCUUAAAUAUCGCAGAUUCCUGACUGCAUAGGGCUGUAUGGAUUAAAGCCAUUUUUAUGGACGUUUUUAUGGAAGAAGCAGCAUCUGUAAGAUGCACUGUUUUGGGAUUAUACUGUAUAUCGUCGCUGUCCACACUGUAAACCCGGAUAAGCUGAAUUUAUUUUAAAAAUUAGAGGAAACCGGUUGCCUUAAAAAAAAAGUAAUGGGUAAUGAAAACUUCAAGUUUUUACAACUAAAGCAGAAGUUAAUUUAACUUUUUUGUCAUUUUUGUUAUACUGUAAGACCAGAUAAGUUGAGUUUUAUUAAAGUUCUUAA